AUGAUUUUAGCACAAUAUAUUUUUAAGAACUAAUUUUUUCCUCCUAUAGGUGCCUUAGCUGGACCAAUUAUUGUGGAGCCACAUGUCACAGCAGUAUGGGGAAAGAAUGUUUCAUUGAAGUGUUUAAUUGAAGUGAAUGAAACUAUAACCCAAAUUUCAUGGGAAAAGGUACAUGGCAAAGGUUCACAGACUGUUGCAGUUCAUCAUCCUCAAUAUGGAUUCUCUGUUCAAGGAGAGUAUCAGGGAAGAGUCUUGUUUAAAAACUAUUCACUUAACGAUGCAACAAUUACUCUGCAUAACAUAGGAUUUUCUGAUUCUGGAAAAUACAUAUGCAAAGCUGUUACAUUCCCUCUUGGAAAUGCUCAGUCCUCUACAACCGUAACUGUAUUAGUUGAACCCACUGUGAGCUUGAUAAAAGGGCCAGAUUCUUUAAUUGAUGGAGGAAAUGAAACAGUAGCAGCCAUUUGUAUUGCAGCAACUGGGAAACCAGUUGCACAUAUUAACUGGGAAGGUGAUCUUGGUGAAAUGGAAUCCACUACAACUUCCUUUCCAAAUGAAACGGCUACAAUUGUCAGCCAAUACAAGCUGUUUCCAACCAGAUUUGCCCGAGGAAGGCGAAUUACCUGUGUUGUAAAACAUCCAGCCUUGGAAAAGGACAUCCGAUAUUCUUUCAUAUUAGAUAUACAAUAUGCUCCCGAAGUUUCAGUAACUGGCUAUGAUGGAAAUUGGUUUGUAGGAAGAAAAGGUGUUAAUCUCAAGUGUAAUGCUGAUGCAAAUCCACCACCCUUCAAAUCUGUGUGGAGCAGGUUGGAUGGACAGUGGCCUGAUGGCUUAUUGGCUUCAGACAAUACUCUUCAUUUUGUCCAUCCACUGACUUUCAACUAUUCUGGUGUUUAUGUCUGUAAAGUCACUAAUUCCCUCGGUCAAAGAAGUGAUCAAAAGGUCAUCUACAUUUCAGAUCCUCCUACUACUACCACCCUUCAGCCUACAGUUCAGUGGCAUCUCUCAACUGCUGACAUCGAAGAUCUAACAAAAGACGUAAAAAAAUUGCCCUUCCCAUUGUCAACUUUGGCAACAAUUAAGGAUGAUGCAAUUGGCACGAUCAUUGCUAGUGUAGUGGGUGGGGCUCUCUUCGUAAUACUUGUAAGUGUUUUGGGUGGAAUAUUCUGCUAUAGGAGAAGACGGACGUUUCGUGGAGACUACUUUGCCAAGAACUACAUUCCACCCUCAGAUAUGCAAAAAGAAUCUCAAAUAGAUGUCCUUCAACAAGAUGAGCUUGAUUCUUACCCAGACAGUGUAAAAAAAGAAAACAAAAAUCCGGUGAAUAAUCUAAUACGGAAAGACUAUUUAGAAGAGCCUGAAAAAACGCAGUGGAACAAUGUAGAAAAUCUCAGAUUUGAAAGACCAAUGGAUUAUUAUGAAGAUCUAAAAAUGGGAAUGAAGUUCGUCAGUGAUGAACAUUAUGACGAAAAUGAAGAUGAUUUAGUUUCACAUGUAGAUGGUUCCGUAAUUUCCAGGAGGGAGUGGUAUGUUUAGCAACCACUAAAUUUGACUUAACUAUGUACAAUGUUUCAUUCAUACUAGUUGAUCAUUUUCAGAUUGUUCAUACUUUUUCUUGAGGAAGAAUAAGCUUUUACACCUUGAUUUUCAAGCUUUUUUAUAUUCUAAUUUGACAGAUGCAAAUGUAAAAUCUGGGUUCGAUGUAUGUGAGCUGCUUUAUAAUUUUUUUUUCAAUGCUGUACUACUGUCUCAAGAUUUAAUUUUUAAUGCAGAGUAAUUUACUGGUCUGAGGCACACAGGUAAGAAGAAAUGUCAACAUUAAAUGUAUGACGUUUUUGGUACACAAAUUUAAAAAAAGAAAGGAAACUUCCUUGGUAUUGUGUAUUAAAUGUUUACCUAAGACUAUAAUCUCAAUUAUAAUGUUUGUUAAACAUACCUCUCAAAAUUUAUCACCACUAAAUGAUACUACAUUUAAAUUGACUAAUUCAAGAAAUGUUUAUAUAUAUUUUUAGUAUACAAAAAAUAUUCAGUCUAAAGAAACACCUUUCUUUUCAAGCAUUAUUUUCUAAGUUUCUCUACAAAUGGAAUCUUUACCUCUGCAUUUUAAUGAGCCUUGCCAUAAUUACUGUAGAAUGGCUUUUCAAAGAUAUUUUGUUGCACUAAAACUGUGGUAGUAAACUCAGUGAACAUGAUGUGUGGAAGAGCAUAAUUAGCUGCUCAGUAUUUUUGGCCAGAAUACAUGCAAGAGUAAUAAAAACAUGCCUUUUAAACAUCAUAAUUACAAUAUUUUUCAUCUCUGGAGGACAUUUCUUAUGUAGUCAUGUGAACAUGAAAUUUGGUACAGUGUUAGUUUGUUUUGAUGCUUUAUGUCCUAAAUAUAAGAAUAAUAAUAAAAUAUGGUACACAGUUAAUAAUAGUACAGAGAGGGCAUUUCAGUAUAUGGAUAAACAUGGGCAAACUAACAUUGGAAUGCCAAUUUUAGGAAUAAGAUGUUUCAGCCAAGAAUCUAUACAAAGAAUUUUCUAGACCAUGUUGUUUUAGUCAUUUAUAUUGAUAUUGUUCAAACGGGUAAAUAUACAGAAAAACAUUUAGAUAAACUUGGGAACUUGAGAUUUAACAAUAAAAAUCUGAAUUAUAAAACCAAUCACUAACACUUGCUGAUGGAUAUUGUCAGACCAUCCUCCUUUCCCCCCCAAAUGUAUGUAUAUGUUUCAAGAUUUUUGUUUUUCCAAUUAAAACUGGAAACAUCAUGAGGUUUUUGUUUUGUUUUUGUUACCUAAUUCAUUAAGUAUAUUCUUUCCAGAAAUGUAUCUUUAAAAAAAUGUUAUAUAAAUCUUCAAAUGUGGAUUUUCUUUUGAGGUAAUUAAGUUGCUUCUGUGGAAUCCUAUAAAAUUGUAAUAAUGACAACUAUUUUGAAGCCCAAAGAAUAUGGUUUUUGUAUUUUUUUCCUGUUGAUUAUUCAUUUACAAAAGGACUGUAUAGAAUUGCCUUAGGUGUUUUGCCAGGGAAUUGAAGUGGAAGUUAGUAGGAGAAUCAUAAAUUAAAUAAAUUAUUUUGUUAAUAAAAAAACAAAGUAGGUACUUUUUUUUUAACCAUCCCAACUACCACCCUUUUGAUCCUUGUCAAAUCUAAAAGAAUGGUUUAUACGGCAAAGCUCUAACAUGGUCAUAGAAUUUUACAAGUAGUUAAGGUUUUAUUCCAAAUGAGUAUAACUCAGUUUCCUUUGUUUUAACUCUCAGUAUUUUCUGAAAAUUAGAAACCUAUUUUUCCAAACACUUAGUAUAAGGCUAUAAUGUCCAUUAAGGAUUCAAUCCAGUUCACUGAUAUCUUGUUAAAAAUACCUGAUUUUAAAUAUAACUGAUAUAUAAAUAUUAAGUCUCUUUGGUCCAACUCAUUGGAAGAAAAACUCUUGAAAAUACUUGGUGAAUGAAGUGACUUUUUUUUU